GUUGCAAUACGUAUUGCAGUUGCAGCUGUGUAGAUACAUCUGUUGCUGAUUGUUACCCAAAAUGUGCAGUUCUCAAAUUGCUGUUGGUGCAGUGCAGUUUCGGGGUGUCACACCUUUCUACUCACCUUCGUCAGACAUUUCGUUCCAGCUGUGCUUCCUCACAGGCUGUAUAGCAAAAGAAAGCGACAAAGUCUUGCUCGUGCCACAAGGUUGCACAAUUACCGACGAAUGUUUGAAAUCGGUGGAAACCAACUGCCGGUCUGCUUUCGUUGUUUCUACGAGAGAUCUGCCUUGUCUCUCAUCUGGAAGGAUGGAUAAAGCUUAUCAGCUCGUUUACGUCCAAGACGACGUCGUAAUAGGAACAAGCCUUUCGUUUACUUUUACAGAUCGACACCGAGGCAACGUGACUCCGUCAUGUACCGGUGUUGGGGACUCAGCACCCAGUGUGACCACCAGCAGCCUCUCCACGUCUACGUCGCUGCUUUUGGAUGCUAGACGACAACUAGAUCAUAAACAAAAAGCAAAAGUUGUCGAGAACGACAUGAAACAAGAAAGAGGAAAUAAAAGAAUUUACACAACUGCAGAGGAAGCUACCCCAUCAAGGUCAAAGGAAAUGCCUAUGCCUAUGCAAUCGCUGCAUUCUCAUCUUCAUACUUGUCAUACCCGAGGUAGGUCUCCACUAGAAUUGAACGACGAUGAGGUCAGCGAACGUAUUGAUAGCUUCGCUGUUGUUGAGUUGCCAUCUUGUGACAUCUUUUUGGAAAGUGAAAUGUUACAACAGGAAGCAAUCACUAAAAUUGUUGUGGAAAAAAGGCGGCUGGCCAAACUGUGUGAGACAGAAAGGGCUGUAGCUAUCAGGCAACGGAGCAAAAAUGAGGAGAUUGAAAAAGCAAACGAUAUCAAAUUGAAUGAAAACAGGAGACUCAGGAGAGAGAUACAUGAAACUGAAUGUCAAAUUCAAGUAAUAGAGAAGAAGUUGAAUGCAAUGAAACAUGGAGUGUGUGUUACUAGAGAUUCAUCUGACAUUGGAGUAAAUCUGUUUGAUUUUGGAGCAGAAGCGACACAUUCAGGUGGCAACAUCAAAAUUUUCAGUCAUGACACGUCUUUAUCUGACAUAUUCAGUUGUCCUAUCUGCUUCACCACAUUUGACAAGACAAAAGCUGAUCAUUUUCAACGACAUGCUCAAAGCCAUUUUAUAGGACAAAAUGAUGACUAAAAACAUACUAGUAGGUAAAGUCAAGUUCGUGCCCAAUCUAGACGUCACAUAUUCUAGAUGUGCUACACUGUGUUUCAAUUUUGACGUGAAAAAACAUGAACAAUUGCAUUUAGUUUGUGUAAGUUAAAUGGAUCAAUCAUAGCUAGUGUAUACGUAUCAUAUGUUGUUCGUGCUAAGGCUAGCCAACAGUAAUUAAAAACAGUUUUUACUUUAAAAACUUGUUAUAACAUGUUGCAGAAUGUUUGCUUAUUGUAGCCUGUAAUGGCAUC